GCCAACGGUGCUGAUUCACACCAUGGCCCCAAAGAUGAGAGCAUACAAUGGAUUUCUUAGUGGUCUAUUUAUCAUUAUCUGUGCACUAAUUUGGCUUUUAAAUUUGAAAAAUUCGACAGAGAGAGUGCGUCCUCUGCCAAUUCCCUCUGAGUACCAGGCUGACCUGCCUGGCUGUUUGGCCAUCAUCAACGGAGACUUGGAAGGUGCAAGGUUCCGAUUAGAACAGCUCAUGAAACCUGGUGAGACAAAGACUUUGCAUACAAAAUUCGACCCUGCUGUGACAAAAGACUGCAAGGCGUAUGUCAGAAGGAGAGGGUUCAUCCCAGCGCCUCUGAGUGUGGAGGAGCAAAACUUUCCCAUUGCCUACUCCAUGGUGAUCCAUGAGAAAGUGGAGAUGUUUGAGCGACUCUUGCGUGCCAUUUACCAUCCACAGAAUAUCUACUGUGUGCAUGUGGACAAGAAAUCUUCUCAGGACUUCCUGCAUGCUGUAAAUGCAAUUGUUUCCUGUUUCCCCAACGUGUUCAUAGCGAGCAAAUUGGAAACGAUUGUUUACGGAACGUGGUAUCGGGUCCAGGCCGAUUUGAAUUGCAUGAAAGACCUGCUGCAUAAACCUGUCCAGUGGAAAUACCUUCUCAACACGUGUGGGGCAGAUCUCCCAAUCAAAACUAAUGCAGAGAUGGUGAUGGCACUGCAAACGCUCAAUGGAAGGAAUAGUUUGGAGUCUGAAGCUACCAACGAUGACAAAAAGGAUCGCUGGAAGUACCAUUUCAAAGUGUCCGACCAAAUCAUCCAGACAAAUGUCCUGAAAAGCCCCCCUCCUAUCAGCACCCCUAUGUAUCAGGGCAACGCUUACUUUGUGGUGACAAGAGAGUUUGUGAGACAUGUGAUUGAGGACCCAGAGAUACAGACAUUUCUGGAGUGGGAGAAGGACACCUACAGCCCAGACGAACACCUGUGGGCCACCCUUCAACGAAUGCCAUCCGUGCCCGGGUCACAGCCUCCCAAUGACAAGUAUGAUGCGUCGGACAUGAAUUCCAUCGCUCGCCUGGUGAAGUGGGGUUACCUGGAAGGGGACAUCCGGAAAGGGGCUCCCUAUGCUCCCUGCCGCGGCACCCACAGAAGAUCUAUUUGCCUGUUUGGGGUCGGUGACCUCCACUGGUUAUUUCAACAGCAACACCUUAUGGCGAACAAAUUUGACCCAGAGGUUAAUAACAUUAGCAUUAGAUGCAUAGAAGCAUAUCUCAACUUUAAAUCAUGGAGGGAUGGCUGACGCUCAAACCAAAAAUAUGAUGCUGUCUUGAAGUCUCUUUUCUGAGAUACAUAGUGAAAAACUGUCAUAUAGUAGGAGCGAUAUUAAGUUUAAACAUUUUCAUAUGGAUUUAAGUAAGAAUUGUAUAUAAAAUAGAGUGUAUGUUAAGGAAGCGCAUAGUAGGCCUAUGUGUAUGUGUAUAGUGGAUUUCAAGGAAAUCUUUUAGAGAACCGCAGUGCCAUCUAGUGGGCAAAAAGAGUAGCUUUUUAUAAAAGCGCUGGACUCUGACAUCGAUUAAUUAGAAUACAUAGGGGGCCUCGUGAAUAUAUGAGAUUAGAGCAGAGAUUUAAAGAAUUUGAGUUUAAUUGUACAAUAGGCUGCAGGGGCGAUUCUAGGAUGAGACCUUUUGGGGGCCCAGCCCCUAAGGCCUAAAAAAAAAUUUUGUUUGGUUCCGGUUUCCGACCGACCCUGUCAAUUUAUGUGCGACCCAAAU